AUCAUGAUCAUCUUCUCGUCGCGCAGUGUGCUGCUGUCAGUCUACUACCCGCAGAUCUUCCUCAUUCUGACGAGCGGCAGCUACCUAGCCCUGUCGUCCGUGGUCGCUCUGGGUGCCAACAUCAUCUGUAAUAAGAUCCCCGGAUUGGCCCCUCGACAGCGGGCCAUCUGCCAGAGUCGGCCGGACGCCAUCAUCGUGGUGGGCGAGGGUGCUCAGAUGGGGAUCAACGAGUGCCAGUACCAGUUUCGCUAUGGCCGCUGGAACUGCUCGGCCCUGGGAGAGAGGACGGUGUUUGGGCAGGAGCUGCGAGUAGGCAGUCGGGAAGCGGCCUUCACCUAUGCCAUCACUGCAGCAGGAGUGGCCCAUGCCAUCACAGCGGCCUGCAGCCAGGGCAAACUCAACCAGUGCGGAUGUGACCGGGAGAAACAGGGCUACUACAACCAGGAGGAGGGCUGGAAGUGGGGGGGCUGUUCAGCUGACAUCAAGUACGGCAUUGAGUUCUCCCGCCGCUUUGUGGAUGCCAGAGAGAUUAAAAAGACUCCACGUCGCCUCAUGAACCUGCACAACAAUGAAGCUGGCAGAAAGGUGUUAGAGGAGAGGAUGAAGUUGGAGUGCAAGUGUCAUGGAGUCUCUGGUUCCUGCACAACCAAGACUUGUUGGACUACACUUCCCAAGUUUCGAGAAAUUGGCUACCUUCUUAAGGAGAAAUACAACCAUGCGGUACAUGUGGAGGUGGUGCGGGCAAGCAGACUACGACAGCCCACUCACCUCAAAGUCAAGCAGACUCAGGGCUACCGCAAGCCCAUGGAGACAGACCUCGUUUACAUCGAGAGGUCGCCCAACUACUGUGAGGCGGAUACAGCCACAGGGAGUGUGGGCACCCAGGGGCGACUGUGUAACCGCACAUCACCACACACGGACGGCUGCGACCUCAUGUGCUGUGGUCGAGGCUACAACACGCACCAGUAUACUAAAGUGUGGCAGUGCAACUGUAAGUUUCAAUGGUGCUGCUUCGUCAAGUGCAACACAUGCAGUGAGAGGACCGAGGUGUUCACCUGCAAAUGAUAAAUAACAAGGAACUUAUCAUCAGGACGUGUUCUGACCAGGACUAGCUGAAUGACGAAGACACCCCUGUACGGUGUCUUGGACCUGUGAGAGACAUUGGAAUAAAACACUAAAGCUCUUCAAGGCAUUGAUUUGCACACCAGUCUAUGGAAUGCUUUUCAGAGAGUCUAUGUUUAAUAUUGGUUGGUCUCCCAUAAAGUUUCCCAAAUGUGGGAACAGUCUUCUCUGACAUGUGAAUGCGGUUAUACAUCCAAGAACGUUUCUUGAGUAAUGGUACAUUGAGACAAUAGGAGAGAAACAUUAACCCUUAAUGUUAUUAAAAGAAGCUGUGGACUUUUGUGGCCAGAGCUACAUGUGGACCAUGCCUUUUGAGUAAAUGGACACAAGUAUGAUGGAGGUGUUUAGAAGUGAAGAACUGAUGUAAGUAUUGUGCAUUGGGGGUGCACCAAACGCUUAGGAGGACUGUAUCAAACCCCCUGCUGCCAACUGGAAUAUGUUUUGUUAGUUUUCCAGUCACACUGGAACUGUCUGUUCUGAACACUGAAAUAAAUGUUUUAUUUAUGUUAUAGUAUCUUAAAACUAAGCACUAACGGGUAGAGAUGUCUUUUUGUACUAAGUCAAAGAAAAAAACUAUAGAAACUAUGACUGAAAUGUAUGUAUAUUAGACUGUCCCUUCAUCUCUAAGCUGGACACUUCUUUGCUGCUGGUGUCAUUACAUUUCAUUUCAAACUUAUGUGCUUUUGCCAGUGAAUAGUAAAAUAUACAGUAAACCAACAGAAUAGUGACAGUAACAUGUAGCUAUGUUGUUGAGUGCUGCACUGAUUUUCUAUUCAGAUACAAUUGAAAAUACAAUA